AUUUGGAAGGGAAGGUUUAUGUUUGUACUUUUUAUGGAUAAAUAGUAAAUUUUAAGAGGAAAAUGAGCGCUCAAGGUGACGAUGGAGAGGACACAGGGCCUUCUGUUGAUUCAACAGAACCUGAAGAGAGAAUAGCAGCGAGAAGGCUUCGCAUUCAGCGGAGAAUCGAGGCGGCAAAAAGGGAGGCAAAUGGAGAAGAGGCGAUUUCCAAGAAGCCAAUUGAUUCUGAGAAAGAUUCAUGCAAGAGUAGAAAACAAAUUGAAGAGAGUCGCCAGCGUCUGUUGAAAUUAAAAAGUGAUGGUACAGAAUUAGUGACAAAUAUUCAAGUAGCAGGUGAUGCUCGAGAGAAUGUCCGCCGAGUUGAAGAUGACGAAAAUAGGAGACAAAGGAUUGAAAAACUUGAAGCAGAGUUGAAGGCUGCGGUUGAGAAAUUUGAUGAGAUCACAAAGAAAUGGUCUCAAGCAUUAUCAAAAGAGAUUCCGCAGGAUUUGCAAACUAUGUUAUUGGAUCAGAAAAGCUCAUGCGAUGUGAUGAUUGAUGAAAAGAAUAAAUUAAUUAAUGAUUUCCAACAGGAACUGAAAGGUUUGGAUGAUCGUUAUGUAAAAGAUUUAAAGAAACAAGCGGAGGAUGUUGAUCUAAUGAUAGAACGAAUGGAUGAACAAAUUAAGAAUUUAACAAAAGCUUAUCGUGAAGAAUUGCUACAAAUUGAAAAAUCGUUUGUUUCUGAGCGAACAGAGCUGAUUGAAAACAACCGGAAAAAAUGGCAGAAUCUGAUGCAGCAGAGACGAGAUAGGGAGGUAGAGUUUCUUCAAACGCGACGGAAGCGUGUUGAAGAAUACGAGGAGCAGUUGGACACUUUGAGAGUACAAGAUGCUGAAGAAUAUAAUAUGGUGAAAAUUAAACUGGAAACUGACGUUCAGAUCUUGGAGCAACAGCUUCAACAAAUGAAGGCAACUUAUCAACUUAACCAAGAAAAACUUGAAUAUAAUUUCCAAGUACUUAAAAAGAGAGAUGAAGAGAACACUAUAACAAAAUCUCAACAGAAAAGAAAAAUUACCAGGUUGCAAGAUUCUUUAAAUAAUUUGAAGGCAAAACUUGCGAAACAAGAAAAAACAUACAGAGAUGAUAAUCAGUCGUUAACAGAUGACUAUGAGCGAAUCACAGAACAGUACAGAGAACUGCAGAAGAAAUUCAGACAUUUUCAAGCGACUGAUGCAAAGAAGUUCUUGGAAAUGUGGCUAAUGAACGAAGCUCAAGCAAAAGAACUUAUAAACGACGUUCUGGAAGAAGAUCGCAUAAUUCAUGAACAACAACUAGGGCUUCCUUGGUCUAAGCCUCAACUGGAUUUCCUGGAAUCCAAAGGUCCAAUUAUGAUAACAAAUGCAGAGGAGAAGAAACUCUCAGCAACACAAGUUGCCCAGAAAGCCUUGGCCACAGAUAUCAGCGAAGAAGAUCAAGAUAAAAGUACCUCAACAGUUCACGAUAAACGAUCUGUUGACAAGUCAAAAUUAUCCCUUACCACAAUCAAAACUAUAUUGGAAUUACUAUCGGAUGAAGCGGGAUUUUUGGUUGAAGAGAAGUUAAAUCGGUUGCUUGCUCCUUUGGAAAAAGAUGAACAGUCUCUAAUGAGGCUCGACGCUAUUUUUUCAGCGUUGGGAGUUGAAAAUGAAGAUGACAUAUAUAACUUGGCAAGAUAUUUCUUUGCAAGUCAGCAUGAUAAAGAUGGCUCAAUUGAAGAAGAAACGGGCGGUGUCAAAAACGAACAAACGGAAGAUGAUGGAAUUAAAAAAGAUGAUUCGAAGGCCAAAUCUUUAGCUUCUACAAAAGACGUGCCAGAUCUCAUUCACCCAAACGAAGUUGUCAAAAAGUUAAGAAAUUUCGUGGAAGAAAAUCGUCAAAUUAUGAAAGAAUCCAGGAAAGCAUCAUUCAAGAAACCUGGGGAGAACGCAGGUCGCAACGCGAGUUUGGAUGCAGAAUAUUGGCAGAAAAUGACGACCGUUAUAGGUAGUUCCGAGGAACAUGUCUGGGAUGCGUUGACGGAGGGCUUUGAGAAAUAUCUUUCGGUUUUGACUGAACGAGCGGCGUUGAUACAAGAGACUGGUGCACUUGAACAGCAGAACUCAGAAUUACGUAUGCUUCUUCAUCAAUAUAUCAAUUCAAAGGUAAAUCAAGAACUGGAGGUUCCUCCAACGCAUCUUAUGAAGUUUGAUGUCUCAAAAGAUUAAUCAUAUGUAUAUAAUGUUGUAAAACAAUCGUGAAUUUGU